AGCUAGCUCUCCCGUACGUAGGCCAUCUCUCCGCCCGUGACCACCACCAAGAGGCGUCCCCGGCAGAGAUCAACGACGGCGGCAGGGGCGCUUCCCGACGUCUCAACUCUCAAGACUGAGGGGAAUUCCGUACGUGACAAGUAACCCGCCCACAUCCAUCUCAAUCCUUCCUACCCUCCACCAACAACCAUGUCGACGCCUCCGAUUCCAGCGACGAGGCCUGCACCGACGAGGCCUCCACCAACAACCAUGUCGAAGACUGAGGUGAGUCUUCUCCACCAGCGACGAGAUACCUGGAGAAGCCCGAUGGAUGCUGUGAGCGGCUGUGACCACCGCUUGUGUGACGGGGGGCCCGUCCGUGUGGUCUUUUUCACGACGGGCGACGAUGAUGGUUGUGUUGCACACGUGUCCGUCGCGUUGCUGGAGAUGGAUGAUGCGUGGAGGGAGAGCUCUGAUCUUGAUCUUGAGCUUGAGUGGACCCUGAGCACUGGUCUUGAACUUGAAGCUAGGCAUGCAUUCAUUCCGGAAAUACUGCCCCCUGUCCUCAUCAAAGACGCACUCUACUUCAUGCUUUCCAUUGUUGAUGGUGUUCGUGACAUGGCUAUUCUCAAGUACGACAUGGCCUCUGAUGGCUUGUCAUUGAUUGAUCUACCCGACGUGCGCUCUAAUGGCUUACCGCUCAAAGACCAUUCCUUUAUCCCCAUGGCCAUGGGGGAUGGCAAUUUGGGGUUUGCACAAGUGGACGGGUUAACCCUCAAUCUAUGGUCAAGCUCAAUCCAGACGGGUGUCGAGGGCCUUGCGUCAUGGACUCAGCAUAGAGUUGUCGAUCUCAACAAGAACCUUCUCCCUAUUCGGAAUCCCAAGCAAAGUCUUAGGCUGAUUGGAUCUGUGGAAGGCAGUGAUAUCAUUUUCGUGACUACAGACCUUGGCAUCUACCAGAUUAGUCUCAUGUCCCUCGGGUGGAAGAAGCUAUGGAAGAGCGAGAAGUUUAGUGCUUUGAUUCCGUACAUGAGUUUCUACAAUCCACAAGAGAGGAUCAACCCCUACGAUGAAGCUCAUUGAUGGCUUAGUGUUGAAUGUGCUUAAGAGCAGAAGGCCAAUAUCAUCAAUUGGAAAAAUGACCACUUGAAGGGGCAACGUGGUCUCGUGAUGAAUUAUGCACUAUUAAUAGCUGGUUUGGUGCGAUGGUGUUUGUUUUGUCAUUUUGUUGGUAACUUAGUCGGCCAGCAUAAUAAUUCCCGGUGUUAAGUGGCAUGCGUAAGCGGGUGAAGGGAUUAUCUUUGUAAUGAACCUACUAGUUGUCACAGGAAUUGACAGAGCUAACCGACUUCCUCAUAAUUGAAAUGU